AUGAUCGCCAACGGAUCUCUGGGGACUCUCCUCGAGGCCUACAAUCGAGGCCUCAAAGAGUUUAUCUUUCCAACCAGAUUGAAAUGCGCCAGGCUAGUGCUUCUCCAUAAAGGUCCCAGCAAGUUAGUGGACGAUCUAUCUAGCUUUCAACUCUUGUGCAUGCUCGACACCAUAGGUAAGCUUUUGGAGAGGAUCAUACUUCAAAGGCUCAAUGAACAACUCGAUCACACCGACAGCUGAUCAAUGCAAACUCGCAAAAAAAUAUGGCACUUCAAAUUGUGUGUUACCGAGCUGCGCUCGGAAUCGUCUUUAGUUAAGCAAUGGUCUAUCAUUGCUUACAGAUAUAAAUGAAAUAACCAUUUGUAUCCUACGUUCCUAACUUCUCAUCUACAACAGUAGCCACUCCCAUAUCCAGUAUCAGCUUUUUUUUUAUUAUUGAACUUAAAACUGAAUCCCCUCGUGUUUCCUUUUUUAUUUUCUCUUUCACUAUUUCUGAUAUUUGCAGGGACUCCUCAAUUUGACGUACAACACAAUCAAUGCCUAUUUCCUUAAUAUUUUUAUUCUUCAAAUAUGCUCUUGAUAAUGUAUCUGCUAUAUACUGAUUUUUCUUUGGCAGGUAUUUUAAAUUAAUAUCAUAACUGAGUAAAUAUAUAAUACUCAUAAAUGAGUAGCAUUGUUUUUAAUCUCGCUGACACAUUAUUUAAAUGUUUCUUAUGUAUUGCAAUUAACGGCUUAUGAUCUGUUGCUGCCGCAACAUUUUUUUGUCCAUAAAUAUACAAAUGAAAUAUCUCUACACUAAAUAUAUGGCCAAUAAUUAUUUUUCUAUUUGUGCAUAUCUUUGCUCCUUAAUGCAAAUGCUAUAUAACGUGCAACAUGACCGCUCCUAAUCCAUCCUUUGAUGCAUCCGUUUAUAUUUCUAUGAUCUUAUUUUCAUUAAAAAAUGCUAAAAUUAGAGAAAUAUUUAAUAUUAUUUUUAAUCUAUUUAAUGCUCUAUCUUCUUUUAAAUCCCACUCUCACUCUGUAUCUAAUCGUGUAAGUCUUCUUAAUGGUGCUGUAACUUUCGACAUGUUUGGAAUGAAUUUCGCCAAAAACUUUGCCAUUUCUGAUAUUCUUAAUAAAUCUAUUUUAUUUUUAGGUAUUAUCAUAUUCUUUAUUGCUUUAAUAUAAUGAUCAUCUGUAGUCACACCGUUUUCUGUAAAUACUUGUCCCAUAAAUUUUACUUUAUUAGAUUUAAAUUGCAUAUUAUUUUUAUUAAAUUGUACAUUAUACUCCAAUACUUUAUUAAAAUAUUGCUUUUAAAUUCUUGUCUUGUUCUUCUUUUGAUUUUCCUUUUAUAAUCAUAUCAUCAAAAUACAUACUAACUCCUUCUAAAUUACCAAAUACUAAAAAUAGUAAAAACAAUACCUAAACCGAGAUGGAACUUUAGGAAAGCUAAUGGUCUGCCUUUUCAAAAUCCCUAGAUGAUAACAUCAAGUGGAUCGACCCAACAGUGAACGACUAUGAACGCUUCAUCGGCAUGGUUAAGGGAACUGCAAAACGUUACAUCCCCGAGGCUACAGACACAAAUAUAUUCCCUGCUGGAAUAAGGAAAGCGACAGAUUGUAUGCAGAAUAUCAAAGGAAUGGCCAAGCAGAAAUCCCGAACAAACUCUUAG